CAGCUCGAUUAGGGUUCCUAAGCUCGAUGAAACCAGAACGCUCUGGCAUAACCCCAAAACGUAAUCUGUAUAUUUUGUAUCGCGAAGCGUGGCGAUAUCUCUGAAAUCUCGAAGGUAUUGUUAAUCCGGCUAAUAAAUUGAUAAACAAAAAGCGUGAUCCGAAGAGAAGACGAGGAUUCAACGAAGGAGACAGGAGGGCAUCUAUUGCCCCAGGGUGCGUCACUCGCGACAAGGUUAUGUGAUUACGCGCGAUUAAUUCAACAAUCGGGAUGCUGAAAACGCUCAGACUUGGUCACAGGCUCUGCCGGGUGCGUCGCGGAGGAUCCACGGAUCUCGCGGCGCGAGUGCAGAGGAGGCUGUUCCUGUCGGAGGCGUAUCGCUGCGAGGAGGCGUGGAGUCGCAGGCUGGAGUCGCCGCUGUUGCGGAGGAUCGACCCGACGACGAUUUACGUCCAGCUGGAGCAGAAGUACGGCAGCGUCGGCAAGGUGAGCGCCGUCGACGUCGACAUCUUCGUCAACAGCGUCACCGACGACCUGUACGUCGACGAGGUGAUGAAGAUUCUGAACAAUCUCAGGCAAUCCGUGGAGACGACGAAUAUACUCGACUCGACGCACCACGCCGUGAUGCGGUACUUCUUGCGGCACGAUCACGUCCAGGAGCUGCACGAGGUGCUGAACGACAGGCUCAAUUACGGCAUAUUCCCCGAUUACUUUGACUACAACAUACUCAUGGACUACUUCAUAAAGAGGAAGGAUUAUGCCUCUGCUGCCAAGGUGGCAAGCUUGGUCAUGUUGCAGGAAGACGCGGAUCAUCCCAUCACCAAUGCUUUGUGCUUGUACGCGUGUCACAGAUACCUGGAAAAUCCUGACGAUUGGAAGAAACCUGAGGUUCCGGUGGACACCACCACAGAGGAGGUGAAGAUACGCGUAAAAUAUCUAAGAAAUCCAUACUUCGACGAUCAUUUCGAUCUCACCGAUCCGAGAGAUCUCGUCGGCAAGACGCUGAACUUUCUGGGGAAGCAUAGGGCAGACGCUAUAGGGAGAACUUGCCAAUUAAGGGGCUUAAUAUUGUAUAAAAAGUAUGACGAUGUAUUGAACUUAAUGAAGAAAUGGUUAGAGACGAUGCAAGACAAGAUAGUUUAUGAAGAAGUAUUCGAAUUGAUAUCGAAAGACAACAGUGGACUUGAAGAUCAAGAUGCUGAAAGGUUCAAACUUGUAGAAGCUCAAUUGUCCGUGUUGAAGGAGAAACAAAAUCUUAAAGAAAGUUUCAUCGAAGCAGUAGAAAGCCUUAUUAAAGCAGCCGUAAACGAGGAAGCUGAAAAAGAUAUAUCUAAACAAUGUCAGGCUUAUCUCGAUUGGGAGCGUGAAAGAACUUCAGUAUUAGAAGCGCAGAUGAAAGCAAUAGAGAGAGAAAGAAGAAUUAGUAAUAUAAAGAAGAUGAAGAAGGAUUUGAAACAGAGAGAACAAUUUUUGACAUUCUUCGAUAAGGAGGAAGAAAUCGAAUUGCAAAUAGAGAAGAUACAGGAAAAGGAACGCAAAGAAGAUGAACGUAUCCGUGCUAUACCCAACAGUGAAAAGAAAUUAAGAAACUUAGUUACUAUAGAGUCCUACAUACCGCCGGACAUUAAAAGUAAGAGAUGAAGUGUACUAUAUAAAAUAAAGAGGUAGAGUUACGUAUAUAUAGAGGACCAGAACAAAAAGAAGUCAACGGAACUGUUAUCUUAUUAUAAUUUGAUAUUAUAUGUAUCUCUCACAUAUAUUUGUGAAAAUAAUUUUCAAGGAGAGUAUGUAUAAAUUAUUAAACGUUGAUUUUACCAUUAUUCGUA